UGAGGGGGCUCGGGGCCGGGCUGGGUGGGUGAGGCAGCGCGGAGACGCGGCGGCUGAGCGGCAGGAGCGGAGCGGAGGCGGCCUUGGCUGGCCCCCGGGCCGGCGGGGCCUUCGGGAGGAGCGCGAGGGGGAGAGGGCCCGCAGGGCGGGAGGCCGUGCCGGCGGUUACACACGGCCGUGCUCCCACCUCCCUUCCCUGCCAGGCCGGAGCGCCGCUUUUAGCGAGGUCUUCCCUCCAGCGUGUCUGAAGCACUACUGUGAGAGGUACAGGGCGCCGGUGAGGCCGGGUCGGGUCCCCUAGGCCUGUCUCUGGUGGCUAAAGAUGCUUCAGAUCAGCUAAAGCGUCUGGCACGCUUAGGCGUCAAAGUUAACAGUCAGGGAUCGGACUGGUCGCAGCGGAGGUUGUUUGCAACCUCUGGAAGGAAAUUACAUUAUUUUGUGGGUGUUUACAGUGUUUCUGCACUGAGCAGAAGCGUGUUCUUUACUGAGAGAUGAGUCUACGAAGUCAUUGCAGGUACAAGUAGUCCAAAGUGUGUUUUAUUUCUAAAGUGAUUCAACCACUGCAUUGUAAGGAGAUCCAGAGCCUUCAGAGUCGUAUCCAAAAGUCACGGACUGUGGUUUUGUUUUGCUUUAACUGAUUUAAUUUUUUAAUGGAAAAGGUGGUUUUGGAUAGUUGUUUUCUCCCAGUUGCUGCUCAUGCAAUUAACAUUUAAUAGUAUACGUAACAGGGAAAGACUAAUCUAGGGACUUGACAACAGCUUUCUCUAAUUAUGCCUCGUCACUAAUAUCUCUGAGUAAUUGUGUGUCAUCCUAAGCCUUUUGUGUUAGUAAAAAAAGGUAAAAUGUCAUGUCAACAAUGUUAGUCCAGUCAAAUCAAUGCUUUUGAUGAACUCUGUGCUAAAUUAAGUGUCCCACCUUGUAGAAGUAUACAUAUUUUAUAACUCCAAUUUAGGAUAUUCUGGAGGACUUUGCAACCACUUCACUUGCUUGGUAUAUGAUGGUUCUUAAACCUGGCUAGCUUCAGCUGCCGUCUGGGUUUUCAUCCCCAGUUCUUUGUUUCCUUUUCAGUCAAGUUUCUUCUCUCAUUCUGUUGGUAGCUCCACAUGACAUGGGUUUUGAUUUUAGAGCCUAACUAAAAUAGUAAUGAAAAGAACAAACAAAAUAUUUAUUUGGUUUUUUUCUGGAUAGUUUUCCUUUCUGUCUUUUGUCUGAUGAGCCUAUAUAUAAGGUUUUUAGAACGGUUCCCUAUUGUUUAUGCAGGAGUCUGGCAUUUUGAGGCGUUACCUGAAUUGGUUUUUAGAUGGUGUCAUGAAUAACUCAAAUAAAUAAUACAAGAAAGGGGAAAUGUGACAUCUAAGUAAAAUUCAACUGCAGACAGAUGGCUUCAGGAGUCUACCUGGAAGUCUACCUGCCAGACUUAAAGACGGGGAUCCAAAAAGCGUGCAAAAAGAAAAUUCCUAUAAACAAUGUAACUUUGAAGAGAAAUGCCUAACAGUACUUCUGCUUCUCUUACUGGAUAAAAAUAACUUUGAAGCUGAUUUGCAGUGACCGUGAAUAAUCAGUGAAGACACGCAGCGUUUUCUGGGAUAUUGAAGGUUCUCAUAAUGAAGAUCUCUCUUCUGCAGCAGAUGUAUAAGGACGUACUGGUAGGCCUCCCACUAGCAAAGGAAAGCCAUCAUUAUACCUCUUUACUUAAUCUGUGUGUCGAGCAGUCACCAGAAGGAGGUGACUCACGUAAUCAGGUGUAUCUGCCAUCUACUAAUGGUGGUAUUAGGAGCCAUCAGGACACUGAUAUGCCAGAUGCGGUUGUCCCUACCACAGGUGAUGUAUCAAAUAGCUUUGCAAACAUGAGCUCCUCAUUCUCUCCACGAGAAGUGAUGCUGCUUCAGUUAACCUUGAUCAAGAUGAUGGUUGAGAAAGCAGAGUCCCAGGAAAUUGAAUUCAGUACGAGACAGAAGUACUGUGAAAUCUUUGCCCUUCUUCUGAAGGAGGAAAAAAUUGACUCAAAAUUGAUUUCUCUGCUUGGUAGUUAUGAUCAGCUGUUAUCUCACAUGGCUUCGAAAAGUUUAGCAUCUCUUGUGUGCUUCCAGCUGAAGGAAGAGGAGGCAUUAAAUGUCACCUGGCUCACCUUUAGUUUGAAGACUCUUUUAGGAUACCCUGUGAAUACCCAUGUAGCAGAAUGUCUGUGGACUCUUACGACUAUAAUCAAGGACAUACUGAAUGAUAAAGUUUUACCCAAAGCAGGUAUUUUGAAGAAGCUGUUGUCUCCUCUUGAUGCUGUGCUUGAAGGAUUUUAUAAUUCCAUUCUGUUCCACCACUUUGAUGGUCACCACUAUACUUCACCGUACUCCGAAGCUGCAAACAAUUUGAUUGGUUUUAUAGAUCUGCUUGAAGCACUUUUGGCUUCCAGAAUUGAAUUAGAACUACCACUUGGAUGCCAGAGAGUAUUGUUUUUGAAAGUUUCUUAUGCCUUGAACCUCAUUAGCUCAUCAAUUCACUAUUUAUUCAAGAAAAAGUUAAUUAUGCUCCUUAAAAAAUGUGUCCUUUACAAGUCUAGAGAAGAUGCGAAAUGUGGAUCACAGUUCUUACAAAACCCAUCUUUACAUGAGGAUAUGCUUGCACUGAGUGAUGCUGUUCUGCAGGUUGUGAAUUCCACUUGGCUUAAUCAGAUCCCGCUCGGUGAAAAGGCCAGCUACUUUGGAGGCAGUGAAGCUGCUCCUGGUGGCUCUGACCAAACUGCUCUCAGAGCCUUAAGUCUGGUUGUGCUUAAAGCACUGGAAUUCAAGUUUCAGAAGUCUGCUACAGAAGCUGAAAUUGAAGGAGACUUUCAGAGUUCCAUGUCCCAGCUGUUGAUGUUCUGGAGGAGUCAUCUGAAGUCUUACCCACAGUCUCACCCGGUUAUACAUCACUGUGAAUGGCUCUCCUUGAUUUUCAUAGAGCAAGAUGAUGAUAUGUGGGAAGCUGCUAAAGCUUUAUUACUCAUUUAUUUAAAAUUUGAUAGAUUACGGCGUGAUGCUGCUGGUAACUUAAGCCAAAAAGAGGAGGAAACCUGGAACUUCCUUUCGCAUGCAGGCGGAUAUAAUCCUCACUGUAUCUUCCUAUUUUUCCUAGAAAAAAUUGCAUUUGAUUCCACAGUACUUCUAGAUUUUUUGAUUUCAUCAGAAACUUGCUUUUUGGAGUACUUGGUAAGGUACUUAAAGCUGCUUAGAAAAGACUGGUGUCAGUUUGUAGAUGUCUGUAACCAUUUAGAUACCAAACAUGGCACUUUUCAAUCAGUUUCUUCUGUCAAGCCACCCCAUCAAGAAAAACAAAGCCCUAUGACUGAUGAGAGUUUGCAAAAUGCUUGUUGUGAACCAGAACCACAGACUCUGAUAUCUUUGGCUUCUUCUCACAAUUACUUAGUGUUUACAACAGAGCAAGGUGAUAAUGAAGUCGCAGAGCCUAACCAGUCUAACUCAUUGAUAUGCGCUGAUAGUAUGUCUCUGCUGGGUGCUCGUCAAAGCCUUGUUAAUUAUGACAGCUCAGAAGACUCUGAAUUAGAAUCAGAUGGAAAAGAGUGCUUGGUAAACACAAAGCAGGUGCCUUUAAAUAAUGAGGAGGAGAUGAGGAUAAGGGAAAUGGGUUGCAGCUAUGCAGAUGAUAAACAGACUAUACUCAAGUCUGAAGUGUUGCCCCUGAAACGAAAGGGAUCUAAUACCUUCUCCUGUUUGACUUCUACGGCGUCUUUGGAUAACACCAUUGCCCUGAGAAUAAUGCUUUACAAAUCAACAAAAUGUUUGGAAGAACUGCAAAAAGCUAUUUCUAGGUUGCAGAGAAGAAAUCUUUUCCCAUAUAAUCCAUCUGCAUUGUUGAAACUACUGAGCCACGUUGAGAACCUCAGUAAGAAUAUGAAUCCACAGUAAUCCAAAGAAGCGUUCUAGUGACUUUUUAACUGGUACGCCAGGGAGUGUUUCCAUGAGAUUAAUGCUUCUAAAGCUUGUACCUCUUCCACCUGUCAGUGCAUUUAACCUGAAACAGGACAAACAUCGUUUUGGUUGACGCCUUAAAAAUCUGCAACUGGAUUCAGUGAUAUGAUCUAUUACCUUAGGGUCUUAUAUACAUUCAUGGUAUGUAUGUCAGUGUACGUAUAUAAGGAUUAAUUGUUAGGUAGUCACAGUUUGAUAAUAAAUGACUGGUGUGAAAGCAUAUCAACAAUAUAUGACACUUAAAGUAUUGUCAAUUAUACUUAAUGUCAUUUAUAUAUGAAGUCAUUGCCAGAUCAGUAGUGAUUUAUGGACUAAAGUGCAGUGUUAAUGCAACACUUGACUGCUUAGAGGUUGAGCUAAAUAAAAUAUUUUAGUUGGGGAC